UAAGGCAGCCGCACAAAGAUAUUGUUUAUUAAUUUAAAUGAUCCACCCAAACAUUUGUGAUUUAUACAUACACGAUGGUCUAUGAUGAGCGCAGUGAUGGCAGCAGUUCCAGCAGUGACGCCCAGGAAACCUAUAUGCGCAGUUCCAAAAUUACAGCAGGGGCGGCGAACAACGUCAACUCGCCGCCCAGCAUGCCAAAACAUAUUCCUUUUCCAGAUCAAUAUGCAACCACUUCAGAGUGGGUAAGCGAGCUAAUAAUGUGCGCCUUUACGAUGGGCGCAGCCAUUAUACAAUUCAUUAACAUUUAUCGCACAAACUGGUGGUUACCACAAUCCUAUACGCGGCACAUGGUGAACAUGCAACUGAUUGAUCCCUAUCUAAGAUAUCUUAUUUUACUUGUAAAUACGCGUCGCUUACUCUAUUGUGUCCUGCUGCAAGCGCUGGCCAAAUGGAAAUGUGCUGAGCGUCAAAAGCGAAUGUGGCGCCUUUGCAUUAAGUACGCCUUUGGCGGUCUAGUUCAAUUGGCCCUCUGUUUCUGUGUGCUUCGGCUAUAUCAGCAACACACCUAUUUAUUGCUCUUCUAUCUCAGCUAUCCUGUGCUGGUCUAUUUGCUUAUAUUUGGUUUUGAACUGGAGCCAUUUCUCCGCACCAAAUUUGAGCUGCAAGGAGUUUAUAUCAAUGAUAUGCCCGUCCACUGUUGUACUACAAAUGCGGCUCAAAUUCGGGAUGAAAUCGAAACGCUACGCCAUGACUUUAACAAACGCUUUAAGCAACUUAUUUUUACAUCCAUGUUGAAUGGAUAUUAUAGUGGCCUGGUGCCAUGCUUUUUGGCUUUAAGCGUGCACUACAAUGUACUGCGAGCAGCACAACAUUGUGUGGCCGUUUGUCUCUGCGCCUUCAGCUUGUGUGCGGUAUUCCUAUAUCCUGCUAAAUAUAGUGAUACUUUGCAUCGGGCAACCCUGCACUUGGGACACUGGCAGCGUUUAGAUCGCGAUCCACCUACACGUGUAGAGGGUGCAGCGCAGUUGAUUACUGCGGCCAAUGCUUUGACUUGGUCUAAAUAUGCCGUCUAUGGAGCAAAUACGGUGGUGAAGCAUAAUGGCGGAAUUUAUCGCAGUCAGGGUCUGGUUACCGUCGCUACGCCCGGUAAUAGCAGUCACGUGCGUUUCUAUAAGCUCUUCCACAAUCCCACUAUCAUAUACUCUACGCUUGCCACCCUGCAGGCUGCCGUUUUGCUGGUGGAGAUUGCCUCGCUAAGCUCAGCAAAGAUUGAAUGGCACUUUGUGCUCUCAAUCAGUUUUGUAGCCUUCACUAGUCUAGGCGCCUUCUUCAAGCUUGUGCGCGAUUAUCUCAUUACAAAGCAUCUUUACAAGGCGGAGUGUGCGACUAGCGAUCGAAUAUAGAUUUAGACUACAGACAAUUAUAAUUUGGUUAGAUUCUUUAAGCGUACAGCAACAUAUAACAAUAUAAAACAUAAGUAAAAAGCAA